CGGUUUAUCAAACCAAAUAAUAAGAGUUAUCUCUAUAAUUAAUGUUAUAAAUAUCCUCAUUGUUUCGUCAACACAUCACAUUUAGUUCGGGCAUUGUUAAAGAUGAAUUACAAAACGGGGUUUCUGGUGUUCACCACCCUUCUGAUUGGCAGCAUUGCUGUUCCAACGCCCGAAGAUGACAUGUCCAUCUACUUUGACCACACUGACGCCAACGCCCGUAUCGUCGGUGGCACCCAGGCGGCAGUCGGCAGCCACCCUCACAUGGUGGCAAUGACUUCUGGGUUUUGGCUGAGAAGCUUUCUCUGUGGCGGUUCUCUGAUCAGCCAGCGCACUGUCCUUACCGCUGCUCACUGCAUUGCAGCAGUUUUUGGCGGUGGUUCUCUGAUUAGCUCUCUUCGCGUCACUGUUGGCACCAACCGCUGGAACCGUGACGGUGUUGUUCACACACUGGCCCGCAACGUGACCCACCCCAACUAUGUCGCUGCUACCCUCAAGAACGACAUCGGGGUCCUCAUCACCAGCUCCGACGUGGUCCUCAACAACCUGGUGCAGGUCGUGCCCAUCACCUACGACUUCAUUGGAGAGGGAGUGCAAGCCAGAGUUGCUGGAUGGGGCAGAACCAGGACCGGUGGUUCCAUGUCCGCCACGUUACUGGAGCUGACAACCCAUACCCUGGAAGGCAACGACUGCGUGGAUCGGGCAGCCCGUGCAGCUAUUGACCUAAACAUGAGGAAUGCUCCUCCAGUAGAACCCCAUAUUGAGGUCUGCACUUUCCACUCCCCUGGAUUCGGUAAUUGCAACGGUGACUCCGGCAGUGCUCUGCGUCUUGUUGACAACGGCCAACAGUUCGGUAUCGUCUCCUGGGGCUUCCCAUGCGCUCGUGGUGCUCCGGACAUGUAUGUCAGGAUCAGUGCUUACCAAAACUGGCUGACAUCUGUCAUUGUUUAGAAUACAGAAGACGAACUUUAAUACAAAGAAACGAGUGUUUGAAUUUGUAAAUAAUAUAAAACAGUUGUUAGGUAUUUGUUAAAAAUAUCUUUAAUUGUUAUGACCAGUGGCCAGUAACAUUGAUUAGCUAUAUUUGUUAUACUAUCAAGAUGAGGAACUUCCUAAAUUAGUUGUGCUUCUUUCAUAGUUCAUCGUCUAGGAAGAAAAAAAGAAAGAAUAAAUCUGUAGAGAGGUCGCCCUUAUUCUAAAGCGUAAGUUAGUUUUGUUAAUUAAAGGUAUUCAUAAAAACAACACGUCUCCUUCAUUGUUCCCGAAACCUCCACGUUGCAGUUUGUUGAAGCAGUACCAAGGCAUACUGAAUAUCACCGUAUUGACUAACUGAUUUUGUAUUGUCAUAAUAGUUUAUAUUUUAAACUACAUCCUUACUAAUAUUAUAAAUGCGAAAGUAACUCUGUCUGUCUGUCUGUUACGCUUUCACGCCUAAACCAGUAAACUGAUUUUGAUGAAAUUUGGUACAGAGAUAGAAUAGACCCUGAGGAACAACAUAGGCUUUUUUAUUGCAAAAACACAGGGGAGAGGGGGUUAAAAUAGGGGAUGAAUGGUCAUAUUGAAAAAAUUUAAAGCUGUAACAGCGAAACUUUGUAUUUAGACACUUAAUGGGGAACGAAAGAACAUAGGCUACUUUUUAUUUCCUAUUAAAGGUUAGUAAUAUAGAUAACCUUGGCUACUUUUCAUCAUGAUUAUAAAAUGAUGAAUCGGCGGUCGUGGUUUCUAUGGAAUACAUAUCUUUAAAAUUGCUAACAGUAACAUAUUCUCAAGAAAUUUACAUUUUACAUGACAUACGGCAGCACUUUGACCACCAACCACUAACACAACCACGCGGACGAAGUCGCGGGCAAAAGCUAGUAUGUUAUAUUAAUUUAAUUACAUGUUAGUGUUAAAUUAUGUAAUAUAACUUAUGGCACUGGAAGUAGUUGUAUGCCUCGUACACAAUUUAACAAAUAAACCUUUUAAAAAAUAGA